CCAAGCCUGUUUCAGUUCGCCCUCCCCGCCGCCCGCAAUAAAUUAGCUCCUGUUUGAAAGAAGACCUCUUCGUGCUCUUCUGUUGCAAAUGAUCCUUGUUUGUUUUUUCCCCGGCAGACUUGUUGUUCUGGGUGGGAGUGAUUGUGUUUGUGUGUGUAUAUGCGCGCGCGCCCGCGUGUGUUUUGUUUGUGUCUUGGAUUCGUGGGCGGCGGUGACGUUAUGCCGCUACAUCUUCCAACUGUGAUGUGUUGCUUACAAGUAGUUUUUGCAACGGUUUGGGAUAAUGAAGAAUCUGGCAGCCCACAAAAUCAGACAUGGACCAAGUGAACUCGUGAGGAGAAUGAUCCAGGCAAAAAUUGUCCCAUAUGCUAUUAUCCAAGAAGAAUCUCCCAUUGGUGCCAGUAGGUUUUCACAUCUGUGUAUAUAGGAAUCAUCUAAAUGAUGACAGCUAUUCUGGAACGGAUUAGCACCUUGUCCAUCAGUGGACAACAACUCCGUCGACUUCCUCUGCUCCUAGAAGAAGGCUUUCCCAAGAUGCCUUGCACAGUUAAAGAAUCUGAUGUGCCCCAACUUUUCCGAGAACCCUACAUCCAAGCUGGCUAUCGCCCCACUGGUCAGGAUUGGCGCUAUUAUUUCUUCAGCCUCUUCCAAAAACAUAAUGAGGUUGUUAAUGUUUGGACUCACCUUCUGGCUGCUUUGGCAGUGCUGCUGAGAUUUAAUGUAUUUGCUGAAGCAGAGGACUUGUCUCUGGAGAUCCGCUCCUUACCUCUCUUCAUCUUCGUCCUUUCCUCUGUUACAUAUCUGACAUGCAGCCUCUUAGCUCAUCUUUUGCAGUCCAAGUCAGAAAUAUCACAUUAUACUUUCUAUUUUGUGGAUUAUGUUGGAGUCAGCAUCUACCAGUACGGAAGCGCCCUGGCCCAUUUCUACUACAGCUCUGACCAAGCCUGGUAUGACAAGUUUUGGCUUUUCUUUUUGCCAGCAGCUGCUUUCUGUGGAUGGCUCUCAUGUGCUGGCUGUUGCUAUGCCAAGUACCGCUACCGGCGCCCCUAUCCCAUCAUGAGGAAAGUGUGUCAGGUGAUCCCAGCAGGAUUGGCAUUCAUCUUGGACAUCAGUCCCGUGGCCCACCGUGUAAUUAUGUGCCACCUUGAAGGCUGUGAGGAGUUGGCUGCUUGGUAUCACACCUUCCAGAUACUUUUCUUCCUAGUUAGUGCUUAUUUCUUUUCUUGUCCAGUUCCUGAAAAAUAUUUCCCUGGAUCCUGUGAUAUUGUUGGUCAUGCCCAUCAAAUUUUUCACACCUUCCUUGCUAUUUGCACACUCUCACAAUUGGAAGCCAUCUUCUUGGAUUACAAGAACAGGCAAGAUAUCUUAUUCAAGCGACAUGGAUCUCUCUCCAUCAUCCUGUCUUGUGGCUCCUUUUUUGGCUUAGUUGCUUGUAGUGCUAUCACUGCACUCCUAUUGCAGCGCAAAAUCAAGGAGGAACUGGCCAUGAAGGCAUCCUGAGAGACUGACAUAGAAACAGGGUUCAGUCCUGAUGUGCUUGAAGAAAAGUAGGAAGAGGGAAGUUUAUUCAAGUACUGUAUAUAAGUAACUUAACCAAGUGGUUUUUUUUUAUAAAUUAUAAUCAAGGAAUUGAUUACAGGCAGGUACUAAUUUAUUAAAUAUGUCUUAUGCCCUAAACAUUUUUACUAACUGUGCCUAUUGCUGGGCAAAGGGCAUUUAGGAUACUUAAUUGAAGGCAGAUUUUUCUAAAUGGUCUUUUAUUUAUUUACAUAAAUUUGUAUUAUAUGAAAGAGGAUACUAAUCACUAACUAGAAGAGUAGAGGAUUGCCAUAGACUUGCACAUUUAUAAAGCUCUUAUCUCAUUGGGAAAUUGAAAUUGUGUCUAGGUUAUACUACUUCAGAAUAUAAACUAGGAUGGUGUCACAUAAAAGAAAAAAAUUCCUUCACACAUUGGGUCAAAGUUCCUAAUUUACUAGUUUACAUGUAGGGAUUUUUUUUUUCAUGUUAAAUCGUAAGACUCAUUUCUUGCAAUCUGAAAUGAUACAGAGUAGUCAUAGUUUAUGACUUCAGUGAUGAUUAGAGCAAAGAUUAUUGUGAAGGUUGACAUAGUUGGUAAUCUCAUUUGGUCCGUUUCAUUUUAGCUGUGGCCUUGAUACCACUGGUACAGCUCAAGUAGUGCUGAAUCUUCUCCUGAGUUGUAAGCUUCAGAAAUAGUAUGAUGGUAGAAUAACAGUCAUAAUUUGGUAGUUGUCAGCUGUUAAUCAUUCAAGCCCAGGUUAGCUAAAGCAAAGAAGGGUAGAAUUCUCAAAGGUAGUAGAAGUUACUAGCCUUUUCAUGAGUUGUUUUAUGAUGUUCAUGAAGAAAUAGUCAUCUGAAAACACAGGACAAACAGCACUAUCAUUGCUAUCAAAAUAGGAUGCUAUUUUCAUGGUUUAUAGUGCCGCUCAAAGGAACUAUUUUAUCAUUUUAACACUGAUUAGCAGCUAUGACUAUAAAUAACAUCUAGUGUUUUUUCUGUUUGUUGUCCAUAAAGCCUCUUUUCUUCCUAAUUCAUUUCUGCAUACCUUCACUCAUAUUGUCAAAAUGUUAGUUUUCCUGGUUCCUUCUUGAUUUUAGGCAUCAUCAUGUCACUCAAACAAAGCCAUUCGGGACUUUUACAACCUGAAUAUUAUUCUGACAACUAAGAUAAGGGUACAGUACUUCUUCCCUGUUUGAGCACCAAGUUAAAUAAUUAGAAAAGGAGCAGUUUGAUUGUAAAAAAGUAUUACAUGGACAAGUACCAUGCCAUAGUACCAACCACACAUUUUCCUAACCAGUUUUAUUUGUGCUUUUCAUCACUAGGAGUCCAGUUGGGUUGUGCUUUGAGUCUCAUGUGGUAUUUAACUACUAAACUUUUAUUUCCUCUCUUCCAAACACAAACACCAUAUCCAAACAGAAAUUGCAGCUGUGGAAUGUUUUAUUUAUUUAAUGUUAUUUCCUGUGAAAUGUUAUUUGCACAUAGCAGACUAGCAUAUAAUUGAAAAGUGUGUGCCAAACUUGGUUUCUGGUGGUGCUGGGAAGUGGAAAUCAUUUUGCAUGUGUGGACAUUCAUGACAAUGAGUAACCCCAUUUGCAGUCUGGAAAUGGUACACUCAGAAUUCUAAUUCUAAUUUCCUAUCUUAUUCUCCUUAAUAUGCAGUAUAUCAGUUAUCUAAGAUGUCUAUGUUUACACCUACUCAAAUUUUGGUGAAAAUACUUAACAUAUAGGUACAAAGACAAGUGCAGUCCAAGCUGGAUUCAACAAAAAUAAUUAAUAAUAGUUUUUUUUUAAUAUUAGAAAUGGGUCCAGUCACAAGAAAUUUAAACCAUUUUCUGCCAACAUAAACACUGAAAAUUUUUGUUAAGAAUAUAUAAACUAUAGGAAGAAAAUAAAUAAAUCCACCAAUUAAAUCCGAUGGGCUGUAUGAAAAUUCUUAGUGAUUCUAUAUCACCACCUAGUGGCAUAAUCAACUAAGAUUUUUCUAAUAGUUGGAAUGGCUUUGAGAAUUUUAAUUAGGUUGCUACUCAGCAGAGAUACUUUUCAUUAAGAUGAAAACUAAAGUCUAACUAAAAUCAAUAAACAGACUAUGCUUAUUUUUUCAUAGAACAUACAUUAUCCCUACUGUUAACUAAUUUGCAUUAUUUUCUGUGAUUUCAUAAAUGAUAUCUUUGUUUCACAGCAGUUCUCAUUGAACAUGUAUUUCAUACCUCUAACUUGGUUGCUUACAAGAUGACAUACAUUAAAAAGUUUAAGAUACUCCAAUUUAAUCCAUUGUAAAAUGUGUACUAUAAUCAGCAUUAGUCAAACUGCAGAGAUCCCUCAAAUAUCAUUUUAAAGAUGAAAGCACUCUUAAAAUAUAUGGCUGGUUAUUUAAGAAAAAUUGCUGCGUACUAAGUUUCUUAAAAUUGUCCUUCAGACUUUUUCGGAUAUCUGCCUCUGAUAAUUCCUAGGUCCUUUUACUGCUAGUUCUGUACAUACACAAAAUGUUUUAAUUAGGACUGAUGAAUCCAAGUGAAUCUGUUACUAUUAGAAACAAAUGUGAUGAAUAAAAGGACUGGUUUUUAGGACCUUUUCAAAUAGUUAAAGCAGCCAUGUCUUGAAAAAGGUUCAUGUAGCUAUUUCAGGAGCUAAUCCUGGUUGAUUUUGCAUACUUAUGCUUGCACAACAACUUUGUUUCCUCCAAGCCCAGUGAUGCAGAGAUCACAUGGAGUACUCCUGAAGCAGCCACAUGCCAUUUUGAGAGACUUUAGAAAGCCUUACUGAUUUUACUUUACAAUUACAUGGAUCUAAAGCAACUUUUUCUAAUUAUUGUUUUUUCAUUCCAAAGUGGUAUGAUCUGGCUGGUUUUAGAUUCUGGAAAUUGAAGUCUAGAAUACACAGAGAACAGUAGGUUGGGCACUGCUAGUUUAAUAUUAAUAACAAUAAUUGCAGAUACAAUCCAAAUUAUUAUUAGAGUUCCACCAUUAUGAACUUUUUUUUUAUAAAACUAGCCUUGCUAUCUACAGGGUCAUGCUUAUUUUGCAGUUGUUAACUUCAGCUUUAUUUGGAUUUGACAUCCAGACAUUGUGGUAGCAGACUUACAUGUUAUUUCCAAUACUUCAAAUAAAAUGUGGUGGUUUCAA